AUGAUUAUAGAUAGUGGAGGUUAUGCCAAUGUUAUUAGCCAUAUUCUUGUGGAGGAAUUAGGUUUAGUAACAAUCAAACACCCUGAACCAUAUAGACUUGAAAGGUUUAAUGAUAGUGGAGAGAUGGAGGUAACCAAAGAAGCCAAGCUAAAGUUUAGUAUUGAUAAUUAUAUGGAUGAGGUUUUGUGUGAUGUUGUACAUAUGCAUACGGGACAUAUUUUGUUAAAGAGGCCAGGGCAAUUCGAUAAGAAUACUAUACAUUAUGGUCAAGAAAAUUCUAUUGUGUUCCAUUUUAAAAGUAAGAAGAUCAAGCUCGAGCCACUAACAUCAAUAGAGGUGUUUGUAGAUCAAAUGCCAAUGCAACAAAAGAGGGAGGCAGAACGGCAAAGGGAGAAAUCCAUUAUACCACCCAUGGCUUCAAAAUGGCUACAAGAAGGCAAAGCCAAGCCUAAUCACCAAGCUAAUCCUGAAGAGCUUGUAUUGCCAAGUUUUAUAUCUUCUCUUUUGCAGGAGUUUGAUGAUGUUCCAUAG